CGACGCGACCCGAGCCGGCCCUUUAAGUCCCGUCUCUUCACGUGCGUUCGGGAGGGCAUCCUCGAAAGCCCUCGCCUCUCCAAACUCCAAUACCACCGCACACCACGGAUGGCCGCCGCCGCCGCCGCGAUCACCACACACUCCUCCCGCCUCCUCCGCCGCAGCGCCGCAGCGCCGGACACAGGACACCUCCAGCUCAGGUGCUCCACUAAGCCCUCGCCUUUCGAGCUGCGGCACCGCGCCGCGCUCCUUGCUCCGGCGCGGGCCCUGCUCCCCGACCGCGUAACGCCGUUCUCCUUCGACGAAGAUGGAGAUGACCACCCCCGCGAGGAGUGCGGCGUGUUCGGGGUCAUCGGCGACCCGGACGCGUCGUCGCUCUGCUACCUUGGCCUGCAGAAGCUGCAGCACCGCGGGGAGGAGGGCGCGGGCAUCGCGGCGGCGGCGGCUGACGGCAAGCUCAAGUCGGUGACGGGGCUGGGGCUCGUCGGGGACGUGUUCCGCGACCCCGCGCGCCUGGCCAAGCUCCCUGGAGACGCCGCCGUCGGGCACGUGCGCUACUCCACGGCCGGCGCCGCCGCCUCGCUGCGCAACGUGCAGCCGUUCCUCGCCGCGUACCGGUUCGGGCAGGUCGCUGUGGCGCACAACGGCAACCUCGUCAACUACCAGGCGCUGCGUAACCGUCUGGAGGCGCAAGGGUCCAUCUUUAACACCUCGUCGGACACAGAGGUCAUCCUGCACCUCAUCGCCACCUCGCUCUCGCGCCCGCUGCUCUCGCGCAUCUGCGACGCGUGCGAGCGCCUCGCCGGCGCGUACUCGCUGCUGUUCCUCACGGCUGACAAGCUCUUCGCAGUGCGCGACCCGUUCGGCUUCCGGCCCCUGGUGAUGGGGCGCCGCCCCAACGGCGCCGUCGUGUUCGCGUCGGAGACCUGCGCGCUCGACCUCAUCGACGCCACCUACGAGCGCGAGGUGGAGCCCGGGGAGGUGGUCGUCGUCGACCGCCGCGACAUGUCGGUGUCCUCCUCCUGCCUCGUCCCACACCGCUCGCGCAAGUCGUGCGUCUUCGAGCACAUCUACUUCGCCCUGCCCAACUCCGUCGUGUUCGGGCACGCCGUCCACGAGCGCCGGAACGCCUACGGCCGCGCACUCGCCGAGGAGUCUCCAGCCCCCAGCGCAGACGUUGUCAUCCCCGUUCCCGAUUCGGGGUUCUACGCCGCGCUCGGCUUCUCGCAGGCGUCGGGGCUCGAGUUCCAGCAGGGCCUCAUCCGGUGGCACUACAGCGGACGCAGCUUCAUUCAGCCGUCGCAGGCGAUCCGUGACCUCGCCGUCAAGCUCAAGCUCGCGCCGGUGCGCGGCGUCAUCACGGGCAAGAGCGUGGUCGUCGUCGACGACUCGCUCGUGCGCGGCACCACCUCGAGCAAGAUCGUGCGCCUGCUCCGGGACGCCGGCGCGCGCGAGGUGCACAUGCGCAUCGCCAGCCCCCCCGUCAUCGGCUCCUGUCUCUACGGCAUCGAUACGCCGAGUGAGGGCGAGCUGAUAUCGAACAGGAUGGACCUUGAGGGCGUGCGGAGGACUAUUGGUUGCGACUCGCUCGCUUUCCUCUCGCUAGACAAGCUCCACAGCAUCUAUGGCGAUGAGGCGCAUGAGCUCUGUGAUGCGUGCUUCUCUCGGAACUACCCGGUGAUGCCCACUGCGCCAGAGCCGGUGCCGGACCUGGUGUCCGCCUUCGAAGACUAACCAGAACGUGCAACUAAGGGAGUGGCUCUAUACCCUGCAUGCUUACUAUAGAAUCUAGACUCAAUUUUGGGCAUGACAUUUUUGUCUUCGCUGUUGCAUUCAUCCAUCAGAAUUUUGAGGUUACAAGGUUUAUACAUUGAUCGAACUGCUACUGCGAGUUUGAUCUAAUCUAUUGUAUUGUGAUGAUGAUGAUGACCACGAUAAUUUUCUCAAUGGCACAGGGUUAAAAUAUUA